AUGACUUCCGGAAGACACAGGGCGCGUCAACCACAGUCUCAGAAGCUCACAGACAAGGAGAUUUUGGAGUUGAAGAACUACCUUCCUGAGUGGACUGCCGCCAAAAGGAGUGAGAAGAGGGGGAUUUUCACUGCCAUAGCAAGGGCGGCCAGGUUGUUUGCUCCUAAGGUGGACCAAAAACAAUGGAAAAAGAGGAAGCAGGUGUACAAGACUUGGUUGUUCAACAACAAGAAAAAGAAGGAAAGGAAGGACACCAUCAAGUAUGGGAGGAAAUGGAUGCCCAGGAUGGCGGCGGUGAAGAGAGUCAUGGCUGAAUUGGACGACGACGAGUUGGAGAAGGCGAAAGAAACAGCGGAAGAGUGGUCCAACAACUGUCUGCCUCCGGAGAUACAAGCACAAGUCGCCCGUAAGAAGGGUCCGGCAUAUAUGGAGCACUUUUUGAACGAGAUGUGGAGGCAAUGUGGGAUGAGAGUUUUUGUGAUGUCGGCUUGGAAGAAUGAAAAGGGAGAGGUGCUGUUCGGGAUGCAUGAUGAUAACGAGGCCUUAGGAGAUGGGGACAGCUUCAUGAAGACAAAGGACUGGGAGGACAUUGAGCCAGUGUGGCAGGAGUACGCGCAGGAACAGUUCGGUGCCGGGGCACGGGAUGGAGGACAUCAGGUCAAGGGAGGUCGAAAAAGAAUUCGAAAACCAGCUUUCGAACUCGAAAUGGAUGGGGAGGGUAUGCCACUCCUUCCCGACAUCACCGACACGAAACUUGAGGAGAAGAAGGCCAUAGUGAGGGCCUUUCUUACAUCGCACUAUCGGAUAUGUUCCGGGAAGGACAAGGCGGUUGUACCAUGGAGUGCCAUUGUACAAAGUCAGGAUGACUUCGUGGCCCGGACGUAUCUUCCGGCAGAUGUUGACUUGAAGGAGCCUUCAAAGCUGCAAAAUUGGGACACGACUGCCUUGCUCCAUUUCUGGCAUGCUCGGCAGGAAACAGGAGAAGGUCCCACAUUUCUGUUCAAAGCAUGGAAGAACAAAGAUGGGGACAUGGUACCAUCUGUCAUAUCUGGCAAGUCGCCCUCUCCUCAGACUUGUAUAGUGAGAAAGCAGCAGAGGGUUACCAUUCAAGGGCCUCGGGAUUCGUCGACAGAAGCCGAGAGUGAUAAGGAGAGUGCCACUAAUCAUACGGAGGAUGAUGUGGAUGAUGACCUGGCUGACGGGAGACAUCCGCUGAAGAAACCCAGGAUGGGAGGUCCUACACCAAAAGGGACGGCAGUCCCACGUGCAAUUCCAAAGCCUCGCCGGGCCAAGCCGGCCAAAAAAGGUGCAUUACUGACAUCAAGAAUGGGCGACCUCCUUGCUGGGUUAACUGAAGACGCGACCAGAGAAGUUAGAGAGGAUGUUGAAAUGGAAGAGAGUAUCACGCCGCUGGCACAGAAAAGGGGGCGGGGCAAGAAAGUCACAGUUGAACCAUCCACGAGGACGACCCGGAUACUAACGACCUAA